AUAGUGUGCAAAAUUACAAGGUAACUAUAGAAUGUAUGCUGUAGAUGAUAUCUGCUAUUUCAGUGUUAAUUUUGUUGCUAUUAUCAGAGCAUCACUGGAAGAUCAACAGUUUUGUUUUGUUUUUUUUUUAUCUUAAUGGGAGACUUAGUUUCAAUUUUGUUCACUAUAAUUUAAUAUUGCAAUUAGAUUGUGAUGUUUGCAGUUGCUAUGUAGCUUAAAUAGAGAGAAUUUAUGCCUAUAGGUCCCUUAGUUUUAAAGUCUUUCUCUAUGCUAGUUUGAGGUUAUUUGCCAAAGUAAUGGAUUGAGAACAGCUGUGAGACCCUAAAGCAGAAGAACAUUUUGAACAGCCCAUGGAAUUAAAAGAAGUGGAUGUGAGUCAAAUAGAGACACAUUGCAAAGAAACACUGUAGAUCCAAAACCAAAUUCCGAACUGCAAGGGACAAGAUGUGAAGUUUUCAUCUUUUGGACAGUCACUGUAGGGGGACACAGGAUAUUGCUAAGCAGUUCUUUUUUUGUUUUGUUUUUUCUUGACUUAUUAUUGGAGAAAAAAAGUCUGUUUUGCCCCACUAUCAAAUGCAUUAUAUAACUUUCAUAUUCCUUUCGGGGAGCGGAGAAAUGGUUACAAGGAUUUAGGAGUUUCUGAAUUGACUGUCAGUAUGAUGGAUCAAUAUGUAACAGAGACUUCUUGAAUUCUUUUGAGGGCCAUUGGUAGUUUUGUGGUUAUAGCUUUUCUUUGUUAGAUUACUACAAUAAGUUAUGAUUAUAUACUGUGCACAAAUUUUGAAACACACAUUAGUAAGCCAAAAGUGGCGAAUCUAAACAAUCCUAGAUUUUGCUAAAUAAAUCCAGGACGAUACUGUGUAUCUACUUGGAGUGCAGUUUACAGACAAAUACUUCUUUUCUAUCUUAGAAUAGUAUUUGGAGCUUCUGAGAUUAAGUAUUUUUGUAACGCUUGUUAAUGGUUUAGAGAACUUAAUAAUGGAUUAAUAACAGAUUUGGAAAAAAAAAAACACUAUCUCAAGGAAGCAGGGAGCUUUCAGUAGAUCUCUGAAUCCCAGUCUUAGUGCACAAACUGUAAAGACAGUGAAGACAGAGCUGUCAUAACAUCAGACACAGCUGUUUUGAAAAUUUGCAUUUCUUAUUUUGCUAGAAAGCUAAAGAAAAGCCAGAUGAAGAGGUAGCUGGAAAGAACAUUAUGAAGACAGAGCAUGGAAUUAUGGUGAACAGUAACCGACAUAACCUGUACAUUUUGCAUCCAGUGAUCCAAAGAAACACUAAACUACACAGAGUGGGUUCAGUCACCUUCUUGGUUGGAAAGACACCCAAAGAAAUCCGCAGGAGACAAUUUGAGGAAAUUGCAUCCCACUUUAAAAUGGGAUCAGUGGAAGAACUUGCAGAACAUAUUGCAAAAGCUACAUCAGAAUCACGGCAGAAGUUGCUGAGGGAAUUUUACAUUUCAAAGCAUCCAGAAAUUGAGUCUUUGUUUUCAGUGGAAGUACCAGCACAAGUUGCACAUGACUAUGAAGAAGGAGAUGCGGCUGCAAGAAAAUCAAGGAAAAGAAAAUGUGUUGUUAAUUCCGGAAAAUGUAAGUCUGGACCUUCAUCAGCUAAAGAAUUUCUUCCGAGUGGAACUACAGAACUGCUGAACCAGCAAAGCUGUGAAGUAGAGCAACUUUGCAAUGACUCAUGCUUGCAAGAUACUAUGUGUGUUGAUGUGAAAUAUAGACAAUCACCCACUGUUGCAACUGAACAUACUGAGAGGAGUAACAAUCAGGCAUUCAAGGAUUUUAUAACAUCUGGUUCAUUAAACAGUAAAUCAGAAAUAAUUGAGGUGCUGUCUGUAAAAAGCUGUGAAGGACAGCAGGACCCAGAAGUAGCAGAGCUGCCAAGAAAAAGAUCCCUGUCUCUGUCAGAAAACAGGGAGAGAAGAGCUAAGGCUGACAAAGAGUCUUUCCUUGACUUACUUGGAGAUACCUCUAUUCUCAAUGUUCUCUUCAGAAAUAGUGGGAAAAAAACUACAGAAUCACCACAGAGAAUCCCUUCAGGACAAAUAGAAAAAUCAAAGGAGAGACCAAAAGAUUUCUGGGACAUGCUGAAUGAGCAGAAUGAGGAGAGCCUCAGAAAGCUCACAGACAUGACAGUUAUAGAGGAGCUAUGUGAAAGAGCACCUCAUCCACCGCUGACAGAAAAGAGAGAGGUGUGUGAAAAUUCUCUUUGGAAAAAAAAUGAAAACUUUUUAUGGAGAAAAUACAGUUCAGAUGAUUCAGAUGAACCGUCUUCAGCUACAUCUUUUAACGUAGUAAAAUGAUAGUUUUCGACAUGAGUUGUGCUAGAAUUAUUUUAUUAGUUAAAUGAACAUUAUAAUAUAUACAACUUCAGCAAUAUGCAGUGAAACAUGAUACCUCCAUAAGUUAGAAGACAAAGUGAUGAAUUCCUAUUUAUGAUGACCUCAAUUUACAUUUUACAUUUCCUGUACUGUGUAUUAUUACUAAACUAUGACAAACUAAAUUGAGAUAAAAUUAUUUUUAAAUGUUUUGAGUGCACUUGCUUUAUUGAAUGAUGAUAAUCCUAGAUCGUAUUAUUCCUGCUGAUGUUCCUCGGUUGGUACUAGUACUGAGCGGUUUCCCCCCUUCACUCACAUUUCCUGCCUUUACACAUCCUGUCAGAAUCUAUGUUAACAUGAUUUUGAUCAGUUUGACUAUAAAGCUGUGAAGCUCCUAAUUUUUUUUUUGUGCUGUAUGGCAGUGAGUUCUUCAUCUUAGUUAAUGUGGAGGAUGACCAAUUUUUGCUUGUUACCUGUGUCUCUUGGUGUGAAAUCUCCAGCAUAUUAAAUGAUGGCACAUGUUAAAUUUCAUCUGUCAUUAUGCUUCCUCUAUUUUAUUGAUUUAUAUAGACUAUUGUUAUGCCUUUGUUGGAAGGUGUGGUCUGGAUGUAUUUUAGUGUUAAUAAUUUUUAUAUGCAAUUACAAAUGUUUCCAUUUUUAAAUGUGUGUUUUCUAGUGAAUUUCAAGAACAACUUAGUGCCAUUCAGUAAUUCAUACUCACUGUUGUCUCUAUUUCAUAUAUCUGACUAUUCAGUAUGAGAAUAAAUGGGUGGGACAAAAAUGAAAAGCAAAUAUGAUUUAUUCUUGAAAACUGUAAUUUCUUGCUCGGCACAAAUGAAUCAUGUUUCCUUUUGUGAGCAUUGCAUACUGGAAAAAAAUUUAAAUUGUAAAUAAAAUAAUUUGUUUAAAUAUAAUGUCUGAUUGCAUGUGCAGUUAAAAUCAGAUUGCAUCAAAGACUGAGCCUUUAUUUUAUUUUAACUCA